AUGACAACUUCUCGUGCCUUGAACGCUUUUAUAGCGGCCAAACAAACGUUAUCCUCAUCAGCUAAAACAGGCAGUUCCAAACUUCGGUCACUAUUCCCAAACGCGCAUGGUUUGAGAUUAUCACAUUUAUCGCGGCACAUACUGCCAUAUACAGGAGUGGUAAGUAGUAUCAGACUGGCAAUCAUUGUUACGUUAAUAGUCAUCAAUACUGUGCUGCAAAACAUUGAUCCAUAUCGAAUGGGUUACUUUCCUCAGGAUGAGUCAAUCAAAAAACCAUAUAAGUCAUCCACCAUCUCAAGUACUAUUCUCUACAUAGUAUCUGCACUACUCAUAGUUAUUACGAUUAUUGUGGGUGAGGUGGUUUUUGGUUUGAAAACUUUAAAAACAACACGUCGCAAAAUCCCAGUGAUUUUGUAUCCGAUUUAUGAUUCUCUCAUUGUUGCGUUUUUCGGUUAUUUCGCUACUAUUGGCCUCACAGAUGUAGGAAAAGUUGCUUUUGGUCGCCUACGUCCAAAUUUUGUUGAUGCUUGCCAACCAUCCAACCUCGUAAAUACCAGUUUGGGUUUUAUAAGUGACUAUACUUGUUCAAAGAGUAAUGCAAGACCUCUGAUGAAAUCUUUCCCGUCUGGACACACCUCAGUUGCAAUAUACAGUGCUAUAUUUCUAUGCCUUUAUAUACAGUUACGAUUUGCACAUUAUCGUAUUUUUCCGGGAAUCAGGAUAAUAGUUCAAAUGAUUUUCCUCGCCCUGGGCUUAGUUGUCAGCUAUUCACGCAUCAUAGAUAAUAAACACCAUUGGAGUGAUGUACUUGUCGGCGGAUUGUUGGGAUUCCUGUUGGCGCUGAGUACGCUGUUCUACCUGCCGUACUGUGGAGAUACUGCAAGUUCUUUGCCUACUUUCCGAGAAACUGGAACCACCAGACAGUGUUUCCCUCUGAAUAUGUAUCCUCCCUAUGGAUUGUACAGUAACUCUAAAUAUAUAUUAGCAGUAAAUUCCCUUUUGCAACUAUUUUACUACUAUAUUAGUACUGUAUCAUCAGGUGUCAACAGUUUGGCUAAUGUCUGUCUGGAAGAUAUAAUACGUCCCCUGUAUAUUCAUUGGAAGACUGUGGAUAUUUCAGGAAAAAACAAAUAUCGGAUGGCCUUAUUUUUGGGCCUGUUAUUCGGCAUUUCAACUGUUGGUUUAGCAUUUCUGUUUGCCUUAUCCAGUUCACAUAUUCUACAAAUAUCUUUUGCACUAUUUGGAGCUAUUGGUGGCCCAAUAUUGACUAUUUUCACCAUUGGAAUAUUUAUCCCUUGCAUAAAUGCCAAGGGUGGGCUUUGUGCAUUAGUCGGCAGCUUUAUAUGUGGUAUGUGGAUUUCAUUAGGAGGCACUUUCAGUCGUACAAGAAGCAAUACUCACAUUUUGCCACUCACAGCUGCCAACUGUUCAUUCGAAGUUCUUCAGAAUGUAUCAUUUGCUGCUACUAUGCCAAAUGCCAAAUGGUCAUUUUAUUCUCUGUCAUACCUUUACUAUUCUCUGGCCUGCUUAAUUGUUGGAGUAUUUUUAGGCCUUUUAAUCAGUGCCGUUUCAGGUUUCAACAGUCGGUCUCCGGUGAAUCCUCGAUUAUUGGCUUGGCAAGUGCGUGCUGUAUACAGAUAUUUACCGAAUUUCCUUCCUCCACAAACAGCAGAUGAUCAUCAAUUGCAGGUCACAGAUGCCAACGAAAAUUCACCCAAAUUAGUUGAAGAACAUAAAUUAAAUAAUUCGUAUGAAGAAAAUGGAUUCGAUGUACAAACAAUCAGCAGAAAAUAUCCAUCCAAGGAAGGUGACACACUAGAUGAACAUUUUGUAUCGCAGUAA